AACGAAUAAAAAGGAAAAAUCGGUCAUUGUAGUGGGACUCGAAUCUGGAACGAUAUCAAGAUGCUGUCUGCUUGGAAAGUGUGCUGUGCGGGAGUACCGCAACGUUUGGUAUUCGCUGUGAUGGGCUUUCUUGCAGUCGUCAAUGCCUAUAUCAUGAGAGUAUGCCUGUCGAUCGCUUUGACGCAGAUGGUUAAACCUAGUAAUGGGACAAACGGAACCUCUCUCGACAAUACUUGUUCUGCUUUCCAAGAAAAUCACAUCGUCGAGGAGAAACAAUCUGGCACUUACGAAUGGACUGAAGGCCAGCAGGGUACAAUAUUGUCUGCAUUUUAUUGGGGAUAUAUAAUAACUCAUCUACCAGGUGGUCUUUUGGCUGAAAGAUUCGGUGGAAAGUAUUCACUCGGUCUAGGGAUCCUUUCGACCGCAGUGAUGACACUGUUAACACCGAUCGCAGUCGAAUUCGGUGGUGCAACGGCUCUUAUUAUUUUACGUUUCUUGAUGGGUCUCGGCGAAGGUACGACGUAUCCUGCUUUGAACUCGAUGUUAGCUCAAUGGACACCUCCCGAAGAAAGGUCGAAGUUAGGCUCAUUGGUAUUCGCUGGUGCUUUGUUGGGUACAGUUUUCGGUACUUCCAUUUCCGGUAUCAUACUUCAAGAUUCUUCGAUUGGUUGGGCUGCCGUUUUCUAUGUUUUUGGAUUCAUCGGUGUACUAUGGUUCAUCAUGUGGACCAUAUUGUGUUAUAACAAUCCGGACGAACAUCCGUUUAUUUCCGAUCGGGAAUUGAAAUAUUUACACGAUCGUAUGAGCGCACAUACUCACAAGAAACCACCAUUGGUACCAUGGCGACACAUGUUUUCGUCGAUACCAUUUUGGGCAUUGGUUGCUGCCCAAGUUGGCCACGAUUGGGGCUUCUUCACGAUGGUCACUGAUCUCCCAACGUACAUGAACAACGUUAUGAAGUUCUCGAUCAAGGACAACGGUUAUUUAUCUUCCUUACCUUAUCUGUGCAUGUGGAUUUCAAGUUUAAUAUCUUCCUGGUUAGCCGACAAAAUGAUUACAAGUGGAUUUAUGUCUCGUACAAAUGUACGAAAACUUGGUACUACUAUAGCCUCUAUUGGACCAGGUGCUUUUCUCGUUGGAGCAUCCUAUGCGGAAUGUGACAGGACCAUUGUCGUCAUUAUGUUUACCGUCGGAAUGACUCUAAUGGGUACUUUUUACCCUGGAAUGAAAGUAAACGGACUUGACCUAAGUCCAAAUUAUUCCGGCUCCCUGAUGGCUGUGGUUAAUGGAAUGGGUGCUUUAACUGGUAUCAUUACACCUUAUAUCGUAAGAGCGUUUACACCAAAUGGCUUGAUGACCGAGUGGCGACUUGUGUUCUGGGUCGUUUUCGGAGUCUUUGUCGUUACCAACAUAAUUUUCGUACUUUAUGCGAGCGGAGAGGUUCAAUACUGGAAUGAUCCUGAAUUUAUUAGAAGGGAUAAGGAAGAAAGGCGGCGUAAACAUGAUAUUGAGAAACAAGAGAAAGCGGAAAAAAUAUCGUUGUAA